UGCGCUGAUCAUUCUAUUGCAGGCGAUCCAAGUCCUUUGUCGUCUCCGUUGGGUCCUCUUUCCGAGUCGCCAGAAUCGGAGUCGGGGUUCCAGAAACUUUCUCUCCAAACGACCGACCGCACCUUAAGGAGCUCCGUUUCGUCGGGAUAUGACCCUCUUUCAAGGUCCGCAAUCGAAUCCUUUCCCAAAAUCACCUACAGAUCCCCAUUAUUCGAGAGCGAGCAUGGACUGGGUCCGUCCGGGCUGGACCGUAUACGCCAGCAACCGUCGCGCGUUUUGACCCUGCCGAAUCUGUCGACAUCGUCUUUGACGCCCAUGAACGUACCCCGACCACCCCCCUCGAUGCGCUCUAGUUCCUCAUCGAGAGCUCAUACUGGUCGUAUGUCGACGAGUCAAGAAUUUGGAGACUUGGAGGACCUGCACCGAUUCCCGUUGGAAUCACUACACUCAUUUUCUUUCGCCCAACAAUCGGAGGAGUUGCUACACAGUCGGCAAAACAUUCUCAAACGCUCAAUCGACUUCAUGCGGGACCGCAUGGGAUGGGCUGCCAGUAGCGCUGCAAUCGCCAACGCCCAGGCGAAUAUGAGUGGCGACACGGAUAUACAGAGUAUGAUGGACCUGUUAACCCGAGCCCAUGUUCUUGACGAGGAAUCUGCCAACCAUGGACGAGGCCCUAUUACUGGACCCGCGGAAGUGAAUGGCGACAACAUCUUUGAGCGGGCCUUUUCAGACCGUGGCUCACCCCCCAUCAGUGCUCGCGACUCGGCUUUUGAACCCUUUCCAGGAUCCCAGGCAACAUCCGACAGCAGUUCCCAGCUGUUGAGUCCCAUAAGCUCCAAUGACCGUAUCCCAGCAUCCAGGAUGGACUUGAAAUCGGCACCGUCCUCACGGCGCGUAAGCUUAAAACGUACAUACACGGACCUCAACUCUGCAUCGCUCAAAAGCAAGCUGAUGGAAACUCUAGCGCAACCAUAUUCUUCCACGGAUCCCUUCGCAUCUCUGGCCUCCUCCGCUACUGGUUUGGGAUUUCCGAUUCCGGCCUUGCACACCCACAGCAGCAAAUGGACUCCCGUUUCGCAGGCCGUAUUCCGCACGGAAGCCCAGGCACCUUGGACUAUUUUUGCAGCUAAUGAUCUCUCUUGUCUUGUAUUUGGAGUCACACAGUCCGAGGUCCGUCGACUCAGUAUCCUAGAGGUCGUUCAACCGGAGCACAGGCAGUGGCUCGAGGCCAAGCUUCGAGAUCCCAGCACUGAUGCUGCGGCCCGUACGCCACUUCAACCAGAAAGGCCUAAUAUUCGGGCUGUAAAUCCUAAGUUUCGAGGUCUCGGGAAUGGCGUGACCGCGCAGUUACUCAAUAAACCAUCUUCGCGCGAAAAGUCUCGAAGAGCGCAGACCGAUGACGGAUAUGGUUCCAGUCAGCGGAAUCCCCGCAAUGCCAAUCACCCGGGUAACAAAUCUCGAGGCGUUUUGCUUUGCGGCGAUGUCGUUCCCAUCCAAAGGCGCAACGGUACAAAGGGAUCGGCCAGCGUAUGGGUCAUGGAGAAGCGCGGUGGUCUGAUAUGGGUGCUGGAGGAAAUCACGGAAAAUGCGGCAUCUGUCCAAUGCGAUGAGAGCUGGCAUGUCGUGAGUGUGCAUGGGGACGUUGACAAAAUCUGGGGCCCGUCUGUAGUUCGCAAGGGCCAGUCAAUUACUGAGCUAUUGCCUCGUCUGCCAUCCGAGUCCCUUGAAACCUCACCGGAGAAGGGACUGGCCCGCAUUGUUGAUUUAAAACAUUUUGCUGCCAACACAGCAGCGGGUGUGUGUAUACCAGUGACCGUGGGCAAGACAGGAGAUGCCCGAACUUUACAAGUGUCGAGUUUUCCUCAUGUCGCAGGCAUGAUGGUUUUGUCAUCUUCAUCACUGAAUGUGAUCAGUUCGAAUUCCGUAUUCUCAGCCGCUCUUUUCGGCCAAGACCGCCCCGAGGGGCGCAAUAUCACGGAGCUCAUUCCUGGGUUUGAUGAGAUCUUGGAUGUGUUAACCGAGGAGGACAACGUGCCAUUGGUCGAUGGGAUUGUGAUCCCUGAACACAGUUUCCGACGAGCACGAACCCUGUCCAUCCUUCGGGAUGGGAAAGCUAAUGCUGCAUCUGUCUUUACCGAGCCUAGUGGACUGUUGGCCAAACACCGGGAUGGCUCCACCAUUGUUGUUGAUGUUCAAUUGCGUGUGGUAAAAAGCGGCACUUUCUUCUCAAGAGAGCAAGCAGAGAAAUUGGUGGAGGAACGUUCAAGUGAUUCAGAGGAUAGUGAUGAUACGAUCGCAGUGACGGAAUUGGUUUACGCCUUAUGGGUUACCUAUUCGAGACAAAUCCACGCUGCUGGCCCCGCAACCAAUCUCACGUCCUCUUCACUUCCAACCUCGAAAACCACUUCCCCUGGCCCCUCAGACUCAGCCACAGCUGACAAGUUCCCCACCCCCACCUCUAACUCACAAACCUCUGCCACCAAUCAAACUUCGGUGGAAAUUCAAACCCCGAGUUCCACUCUCAGCCAACAACUCAGUGAAGCUGCAUCUGAGCCAUUGACGGAUCGGCCCGUACAGGCCGUUCCCGAAAUGUCAUCAGGUAAUAACCGACAGAGUUCCACCCCGCCCAAGCGAACAAUCAAUGAUUACGUGAUUUUGGAAGAAAUGGGUCAAGGUGCUUAUGGCCAGGUCAAAUUAGGCCGUCUGAAAAAGGCAGCCGCCGACGAGAAGAUGGUUCUCAAGUUUGUCACCAAGAAGCGAAUUUUAGUUGACACAUGGACGCGUGACCGACGACUGGGCACGGUGCCACUAGAGAUCCACGUCCUUGACUUUCUUCGCCGAGAUGGCUUCCGCCACCCCAACAUCGUGGAGAUGCAAGGAUUUUUCGAGGACGACAUCAACUAUUAUAUCGAGAUGAUCCCGCAUGGGCUGCCCGGCAUGGACCUCUUCGAUUACAUCGAAUUGAAGGCUAACAUGGAUGAGUCCGAGUGUCGAAGUAUCUUCAAGCAGGUCGUGAGCGCCAUCCAUCAUCUACACACGAAAGCGCUGGUCGUGCAUCGCGACAUCAAGGAUGAGAAUGUCAUUCUUGACGGGGAGGGACGGAUCAAGUUGAUUGAUUUUGGCAGUGCUGCCUAUAUCAAGAACGGGCCGUUUGAUGUAUUUGUGGGAACUAUCGACUACGCCGCACCCGAGGUACUUCAAGGAAAAUCAUACCGUGGAAAGGAACAGGACAUCUGGGCUCUCGGCAUCCUGCUCUACACGAUUGUAUACAAGGAGAACCCAUUCUACAAUGUCGACGAGAUUCUCGAUCAUCCUCUCCGCAUUCCGUUCUUGCCUUUCUCCGAAGAAUGUAUUGAUUUGGUUCGCAAGAUGCUCGACCGUGACGUUGACAACCGCUUGACCAUCACCGAAGUGCUCGAGCACCCAUGGAUGACUGGGGAGUAA